AUGCCGGGAGAGGAUGCUGAUGAUGGAAUGAGCGGCAAAACUGUGCCGGUAGAGAAAGCAGAAGCGAUGGAUUCGUCCGCCACAGAUGCGGACAUAGAUGCAGAAGCAGCAGCGAGGAUUGUUGUCGGGAUAGGGUACUUUGGCGCCAUUGAAUUUUCUACCCUGACAGCCAAGGACGUCCUUACGACGGAGUUCACAAGUCUACAGGGAGCUUAUGACUACUACAACGAAUAUGGUCGCAUCAAGGGAAUUUUGGUUAGGAGGUCCAAGAUAUUUGUAUGCUCGAGGGAAGGAGAGCGAGACGGGAAACACAUGCAGCGGGAAGAUAGGAAGAUGGAUCCUCAACCGAUCACGCGGUGCGGGUGUGAAGCCCGGAUUAAGGUCCACGUUGAUGAUGCCAUCAGGCGAUGGUUUGUUGAACAAUUAUGCGAUAACCAUAAUCAUCCCAUGCUGGAUGCGAGGUUCAAGGGUCUGUCGCAGUCACACAGAGCAGUCAAGGAAGGCGAUUUGCACCAAAUCAAUUCCAUGAGGAAAUCCGAGUUGUGGGUGCCGACGAUUUUUCGCGCCUUUGCGAAUCAGUCAGGAGGAUUCGAGACUGUUGGGUUCGAGAUAAAGGACAUAUAUAAUGCGAUAGAGAAGCAAAGGCGGGCUGGUGCGACAGAUGCUGAGAAGUACUCGUUGGAUGUUGGCAAGAGGCUGGAAAAUCUCUUCUGGUGCGAUGGUACAAGUUGUUAUGACUACAGCGUAUUCGGGGAUGUCCUGGGUUUUGAUGCAAUGUACGUUCAUAACAAAUACAAGUGCCCUUUGGUAAUAUUCUCAGGGGUAGACCAUCAUAUAAGGACGGUGGUGUUUGGCUGCGCCAUCUUGAGCAACGAGAGUGAAGGAAGCUAUGUGUGGUUGUUGCGGUCAUUUCUUGAGGCAAUGAAAGGAAAACAGCCGAAGUCUGUCAUCACGGACGGGGAUCUCACUAUAAAGAGUGCGGUUAGCACAGUUUUCCCCGGUGCACAUCACAGGCUGUGUAGCUAG